AUGGCCCACAACGGACCUCCUGAUGCGGCGGCGGUCGAAGCCGCACUCUCCCUCAAGGAGGAGCCGGAACGGAUGUUACCUGAAAUCGAGAAGAAACUGGACGACAUCGCCAUCAAAAUUCGAGACUUGAAGCUGGCGCAGGCAAAAUUAUCAGAAGAGGCCCAGACACAACAGGCGACGCUGAAUGGAUGCUGGAGAGAGUUCUACGCAACACUCGAUAUUCUCCCCUGGUCCCAAUUAACGACAGUUGCGCUCAGCGAAGGCCUCUCGAUACUGGACUGGGUUCGCAUCAUGGAGCUCUGCGGGCAAAUGACAAAAGGGACCUUCUUUGUCCAAAAUAGCCAUCCUCACGACCUAACACUAAUGAAAGGUCAACCCAAGCGCACUCACGCAAACCUCGAGAUACUCACCGUCUCCUUGGGUACUGUGCGCACCCACGCUCCCAUACCCAUUGUUCGCCUGCUCAGUUUAUUCGACUUCCGAAAAUUGCGCCACCUGCAUAUCUCGCAUGUCCGGGUAACGAGCAUGUACGGGGACAAGCCUGCGGGUACUUUCGCCGAGUUCUCAAACCUCGAAUACCUUUCCCUCGGCGGUAGCACCCCAGUCGCCAACAUACUCGACAUCCUCCACGAAACUGCUAACAUCCGCACGUUCAAGUUCCGUGCCAACCCUGAUACCAGCGCCGAUUCAAGUGCCACAUUUAAAGCCGUGUCAUUCCUCGAGUCGACUAUCCUCCUUCCGAAGCUCGCCACUCUGGAGAUUGCGUUGCGUGGCUUGCGGCCUGAAGAAGACAUGAACCUUUUGGUCCGUAUGGUGGAGUCGAGAUGCAUCCGCGUGCCGAGCGGUUGUGUUCUCCUCCAGCAUCUUGUCCUCGAAUCGGCUGUUACUGAAAUCUUGCAGGAGCUAGAGAAGCGUCUCGAACCAUGUCGGACGGCUGGUCUCAAGAUAUCUUCGAUUUAG